AUGCAGCUCAAGAACCUCAUCCUCGCCGCCUCGGCCGCCGCCACCGUCUCUGCCGCUCCUGCCGAGGGAAAGCCCUUCGGUGUCCUCGCCAUCCACUCCGGCAGCGGCGUGCAGAACAGCGGCUUCAACGCUGCCAAGGGUAGCCUCUUCGCUGGCCUCACCUCCCAGAACGCCAGCUGCGCUCGUCCCGAGGACGGCCAGACCGCUACCUUCUACAUCAAGGACAGUGCUCUCUUCCUCUACGACCAGUCUGCCACUCCCCAGGAGUUCUACGUUGACCGCUCCGGCAUGGGCCAGGGCAAGAUCGGCUACACCACCGGCGCCCAGCAGCCCCCCAAGAACGCCGAGCAGAAGGGCUGGUCCAUCAGUGAGCAGAACUACCUCCAGUUCGACGGCAGCAGCCCGAUCGCUUGCCCCAACAGCAUCGACGGGGCCUACAGCAUCUGGGCUUCGACUGGCGUUAACAACCCCGCUGGUAACAAGGACUGUGUUGGCAUUGCUGCUCGUGUUCUGGAGAGCACCAACCCUAACGCUUGCAAGUACACUGAGUAA